AUGAAAUAUCAUUCAGAGAAUGGUCAAAUAAAAGAGUCAAAAGGCGAUGAGGGUGUUAAGAUAGUUAAACAUUCAACUGAGUUUAAUGUGGAUCUUCCUAAUCUGGAAACUACAGAUUCCAUCGAUAGACAUUCAAGUGAUUCAAAUUUAGCUCAAAGUAAUAAUAUAACUCCCACAAGAUGUUCUAGAACAAAAGAGAUAAAAAAUAUUGAGUACACAGGUUCUCUUGGAAAAGAUAUCAAAAAUGCAGAUCAAGGUGAUAUUUCAAAUACGUUCAUAUCAAACCCCUCAUCUUUGGUGAAUAGUGUUGAAAGAACAACUGCUCCCUCAUCGAUGAUGAGCAGUAUUUCUAGAUAUGAUAGCUGUUAUACAUCAAACUUAAGUCCAAGCACAAAUUUUCAAACUCCUUGUGGAAGAAAUCCAAAGAGAAGAAAUACUUCAACUUUGUGUUUUGAUGAAUAUUUACAAAAUAACGAAAAUGAUAAAUCAAAUAAUUUAAAUCAUUCGGGUAUUAAGAAAGAAUUACUAGGAUCUACUAACUCAACUGAAAUUUCAAGAGUAUCAAAUAAUGAAACUCAAUCUAAUCAGAUAAGUGGAUCCGUUCUACUUUCCGCAGUUCUCCAGGUUAUAGCUUCCAUUCAAAAAUUGAAGAACGGAGAACCUAACGGAACUAACAGAAGUAAGGUCUUAACUAAUACAGCUAAUACGAAAAAUACCACCGCUGCAGUGAAUAAUCUCGUAUUAAAUAAUGGUAUGGCCAAUAAUAAUGUAAUUGCUGCAGCACAAAUACUUGGUUCAAAACUUCCUGGGGUGCAUCCAACUACAGCAGCUUUGGCUUUGGCCUAUUCUCUUUCAGUUGCAGCUUCUGCAAAAAAAACUUCGGGUGGAGUAUCAAAUUCUGAUGAUUUUAUUCAAAAUUUAAAUCAAAUAAUAUCAGAGAGAAUCUCCUGUAACAAUCAUUCCGGCAAUACAGAGAAUACUGAUAAUAUGAAAAUUACAAAUGAGCUCCUACAAGUUAUUGUUUCAUCUUUGAAUUCUGUGGUUUCUCAUUCACAAGGAGAAGUUGGGAUUAAUAUUCAAAAAAAAGAUAGUGAUUAUUUAAUGUCUCCAAAUAAGACAAAUGAACUUAAUAAUAACUUCAAGCUCUCAAGACUUGGGGGAGAAACCAAAGCUUCUGGUUCUUCGUAUAAUUUGAAUCUUCCCCCAAUGGAUUUUAUUAUAAAUGAGAAACCGAUGUAUAACGAUUCUAGAAAAGUUACUAACUAUCCAAAUAUAGCAGGCAAUAGUUUCCCAAAUAAAACUAUGCUUCAUGAAGUGGUUAAUAAUAAUAUUAAUAUUAUAAAUACCAAUUAUAAGUUACCUCAUUUGGAUAUAGGUUCCGGAUUGGGAAUUGGAAUGGGGCCUGGAAUUGAAGAGUCUUUUUCUCGCAUUGAAUAUGGUGGUGAAGUCUGUCAAGCAAGUGAAACAAACAGUUCCAAAAGUAUAGUUAAUGAAAGUACUCAAAUUACAACUAAAAGUAAUUAUUUGGUGCAUGAGAAUAAUAAUCCUCUUUCUUUGAUGUUAUCCGAAAUUUCCAAAUGUUCAGAAAAAAAAAUUAUACUUGAAUCUAGUAAUAAUUAUAUCUGGAAUGAUAUAUUAUACAACCAAGUAUUUGAUCAUGUUGAUUUUGAAACUCCAUUUUCUCGUAAGCACGCUUAUUUGAGAAACGAACUCCUCUUUUAUAAUAAACCAAUACUUGAGAUAGAUCAUGGAGGAGACUCAUUCUCUACACCCAAUUAUAUCAGAAUUCCAAAUCAUCAACAUCAUUCUAAUAAUAAAGUUACGACAUAUUCACAUAAUUAUAAUGUAACUAAUCCCAGCUUCUUUGGUAAUUCCAAGCCCCAUUUUCCUCUUCCAUCCAAAUAUUCAUCAAAUAAUAGUGAUCUCUAUAACUUUCAUAAAUACAAUCCUAGAAUUCAGUCAUUCUGUGAUGAUCUUCUUGUAAACUCUGCCAACAGAAAGAAUUCCCAAAUAUUCAAUUCCAUCAAUUACUUGAUGCAGAUUGUUGGUGACGGAAAUAUUAACGGUAAAAUGAAUGGUAAUAAUAGCAAUUAG